UGUCGUACAACAAAUAUAAAAGUACCCUAAAUCCUCCAUUAAGUGGAAGCAGUCUAUAUAUGUCGAUGGGGAUUUACCAGAUUUUAUAUAAAAUUAGUCAUGUAUCAUGUUUAUCUGAAUGGAGAUAACAUUUGAUAGUUAAGCGUUAUUACAUAGUGUACAUUAUUUAGAUAUAAAUACUCAACUGAAUAUAGAAAAGAAUGGGUAAUUCCUCAAGUAAAACGGAAGAAUCUGUAAACAAUGAACAAGUAGAACCAUCUAAUGAAAACAGUUCUGCAAUCGCAGAUGUGACAGAAUCAUCUGAGACAAAACCAUCGGUGAUAGUGCCACCUAAAUUUAAUACAAAAGAUGAUUUCAUGAUGACAUGGUUUUCAUGGAAGAAAGAAUUCUUUUAUUACUUGUCAAGUAUUGAUAAAACCAAAGCCAAUAUGAGAAUGUGGGGUAUUUUACUUUUAAAUCAUAUGGGACCUGUUGGUCAAGAGAUCCAUAGAACAUUCCCUUUCUAUGAAUGCACAAUGAAUGAGAAUGCACAAGAAAACAUAAGUAGCUUAAUUAAGAAGUUUGAUAUCUAUUACUUGUAUGAAGAUAAAAAAAGAGAUGGUAAAGACAUCGAUGAAUAUGUUAAUGAAUUAAAAUCCAUUGCUGUUGAACGCGAUCAUCAUAAACCUGAGGUUAUUGUGAAAGAGAAAGUUAUACAAGACAUAAGUACUCAACAUUUCACAGGAAAAGCUGCAGUUACCAUAAAAAAUCAUGGGGAACAUUGGAUACCGUUUUUGAAAAAGCAAAAUCUAGCUGUUAUUGUUGAUGUUUGGAAACAAGUGGAAUCAAUGACACAAGAGAAUGAUAAGGCACCAAAACAGGUUUCUUCCUGCACUAAAUCUAUAAUAGAAUGUGUUCGAUGUGGCACAGAACAUGAUCGGAAACGAUGUCCAGCCUGGGGUGUACAAUGUGACAAAUGUAAACAAUUCAAUCACUUCACAGUCAACUGUAAAAUCAAGUAUGUCAAUGAUUGUACUAAAUGUGGAACAAAUCAUAUUCAAUCACGUUGUCCGGCAUUUGGCGAACUAUGUACAAACUGUGGCAAGAUGAAUCAUUUCAUAUGGAAAUGCCAGAUUCCCUUUGUGAAUAAUUGUCCAAGAUGUGGUAAAAGUCAUGCAGUAACUGCAUGUCCGGCGCAAGGUCAAAUUUGUCGUUAUUGUAACAAACCAAAUCAUUUGGAAGAACGAUGCACAAGUAGAUUAGAUAACACUCAAUAAUCUGCUUAUAUUCUCCAUUGAAAAGUUUGUUAUAUACAUAAAAACACGCGCGCGCGCGUGUAUAUAUGUACAUAUACAUAUGUAUAAAAGUUUUUGGAUAAUGUUUAAAAAGAUAUUUUAUCGUCUAUAAAAAGAGAUCAGAAAUUGUCUUCUCAGAUUAUGAAUUUAAAAUAUGUAUAUUGUUGCUAUAUUUUUAUUGUACAAUUCUUAGCAUUCGUGAAAAAAAUCGGGAUUGUUUUAAUGUACACAAUGAAAAACUUCAGAAUUUUUUGACAAAUACCA